UAACUUUAUUUGCCUACUUUUCCAAAGGAAACCGAAGCUCAACUUUCCUCCCUGCAAAGCUAUAAUUACACCCAGCAUACACACACCUGCAAGCCUCAAGGAUCAAACAAUAUAGCGCCCUCUCAGAAGAAAGUCAAAGGAAAGGCUAAGGUCAAGGUUGAGCCCGGUCAGUCUGUCGCUGCCGGUUCGAAAAUUUCGAAACCCCUUCUCAAGGAUCAGAGUUAUCAAACCAAGAAAGAUUUGAAACGAGUGGAAGAAUUGAGUAGGGAAUAUGCUGAAUUGGCGAAAUCUCUACCCGAAGAGGCUCUGCCAUUGAUCAUUGACCGACCAUCUUUUGUCGAAAUGCUUGAACCCCUCGCAGGACCUUCAACAGUGGGUGCAUUAGCAGCUGGUGUUAUGGAAGCAGGAAGAUACGCGGAAAACCAAGACAAGAUCAAAAAUGGUACGGCCAGAAAGAGAUCUGCAAGAUCAUACAGUGACAAGUUCCUCACUGCUAUUAACGCUCAAUUCGCAUCUAUUCCAGCUUCCAACCAAACUUCUGGACAACGGUUCCGAUCCGUAAACGCGGUUAUGAUCGAAUAUAAACUUAGUGAAGCCGAGCAAGAAGAAAGAGAUGCUAAAGCCUACGACGAGUUCCGUGGGUUUGUCCAAGACCGCUUGAAUGAAGAAGGCCCCGGCGGAGAAAUUAGAGGAGACUAUGCAGAUUACAUCUGGGAGAACUUUAAACAUGCAAAGAUUUCCGCAAUUACAGAAAAAGUUCUGGAGUUCUUGAGAGAAUUAGUUCAUAUUCAAGAAAGUCAACCACUUCUCGAUCUUUCCAACGUUAACAUGAAAGACAUGGAUGUAGUCGUUCAGUCAAUCCGAUCGAUCGAGUCGAAUUUUACCAUUCAGAUCUUGCAAAAAGCCUUUCUCCAAAUGAAUUUGGCUCAGUUGAUGGAUACGGCUUUUGAAGAGCAUCAAAGAUCUGGUGGUGAUUUAAAUCGAAUCCGCCACUCAGAACAGUUAUACAACAACUGGGAUGAAAAAUCUAAAGCUGCUGGCCACACCCCGGUCGAAUGGACCGAAGAAGUGAGACUUGGUCAUCGCUGGAUCCGCUGGACACAGAUUUUGUCUGAAAAUAACAAGGAUUCGCGCAACGGACUGGGCCAGUUACUCGCCCUAUCAGGCUUCAAGAUGCCAUCUGGUCGAUCUGCCGUCUCAUUUUUAUGCAGAAAAAUCAGCAAUGCUGAGAUGGUAUAUGCAGAGGUGUACAUCGACAAGUACUUACCCGACAUGCGAACCCUCUCCACAUUACUUCAUGACAUAGCUCAAAAGCUUAUUUCAGGUCGCACUGUUACAAAGCUAGAAAUCAAGCAAUUGCAAAAUGUUAUCAAGGAUCGUAUUACAUUCUCUCAACAUAUCGAGGACAAGCCAGACAAAGGUGAUAAUUCAAGCAUGCCUCCCCCCCCCAGAAACUUGAUUGCUGUCGAGGAUGGCGUUGAGGAUAAGACUCAGGAAGAAGCGCCAGCUGAUAAUAAUGCAUGA